GAAAUGCUGCGAUAACAAAGCCAUCAGAAGUGAGCUCUCACACAGCAGAAGUUAUGGAGCUCCUGCGUCACUACCUUGACCCUGAGAUGUAUCCAGUGGUAACAGGAGGUGUUCCAGAGACCCAGGAGCUGUUGAAGCAGCGUUUUGACCACAUCUUCUACACUGGCAACAGCACAGUGGGCAAACUGGUUAUGGAGGCAGCGGCUCGCCAUCUCACACCGGUCACUUUGGAACUAGGUGGAAAAAGCCCUUGUUACAUUGACAAGAACUGUGACAUUAGAAUCGCCUGCCGCCGGAUAACAUGGGGAAAGUAUGUCAACUGUGGCCAAACCUGCAUUGCACCUGAUUACAUCCUCUGUGAACCCAGCAUCCAGGACAAAGUGAUUGAUGAGAUCCAGAAAUGCAUCAAGGAGUUUUAUACAAAUGACCCUAAGAGCUUUGCCGACUAUGGGCGCAUUAUCAAUCAGCGCCAUUUUAAGAGGUUAAUAGCACUUAUUGAAGAUAGCACAGUGGCUAUUGGAGGAGACAGUGAUGAAGCGGAGUGCUAUAUUGCUCCCACUGUUCUGAAGGAUGUGACAUCACAAUCCAAAGUGAUGCAGGAAGAGAUCUUUGGGCCAAUUUUGCCCAUCGUCACCAUAAACGGUAUAAAAGAAGCCAUUCAGUUCAUCAAUGAACGAGAGAAGCCGCUAGCACUUUAUGUUUUCUCUUCCAGCAAUAAGGUUAUCAAACAGAUGAUAUCGGAUACAUCCAGUGGAGCGCUCUUAGCCAAUGACUGUCUGGUGCAUUACACCAUCAGUGAUUUACCUUUCGGUGGUGUCGGAAAUAGUGGAACCGGUCGUUACCAUGGCAAAUACAGUUUUGACCAACUCAGUCACCUCCGCAGCUGUCUCAUUAAGAAGUUGAACAUGGAGAUGGUCAAUCAGAUGCGAUACCCCCCUCACACUGCAGAGAAGUUACGCUGGGCACGUGUCUUUCUCUUAAAGCAAAUAAAUCUGUCCAAGUGGCGUCAGAUGGCACAGGUGGCUAUGGUUGCUGCACUGGCAGCUUUUGUGGUGCAGAGAUUUCUGCGAUAAUUUGUGGAAGAUGAGCUGAAGAUCUCUGGACCCACAGGAAUUCACAGGGAUUGUAAUGAUUGUGAUCAAGCAGUUUUUUAAAACACAGUAGACAGUUAAUUGUAUUUUUUACGUGCAAUAGAUUCAAUUAGAUAUAAAAUAAAUCACUUAUCCAGAAUACUAAUGAUUUUUACUGCAAGAUGAGUGUAAUACAAGGUAGGGUUUCUCCUGUGAGUCUGCAUUCUUUUAUUGGUCUGAAUACAUAUGAACAUUUUUUGCAUAGACAGAUAAGAUUUUGUACAUACUACCGAGUCAUUUAAAAUGAAUUGAUUUAUUAUAACUUUGCAACAAUCAGGAUCAUAGAAGUCAAAUGGGGAUGAUGCCAGUUGUGUUAUCGUUUGUUAACCAUUCUCAUUAAUCCAUUAUCAGCAAUAUAUUUAAUGUUUAACAGUUAUAUUGUCCUGUGUACUACUGAAAUUAAAAACCUUUGUCUUGAAUUCAUAUUAUGUAGCAUCGAAU